AUGCCUCAGUUCAUUCAAAGGCGCAAGUACUUUAUAACGUCUAUGGCACCCAGCAAUGCUGCGCGGCUUUUCCUAAUUAUCACUUCUAUAAGCUUAAUGAUAUCUGUUAUAUGGAUACAGUUGAUUGAAAAAGAAGACACGUCCAGUUUAGUUACGGAAGCUCUGCAAAAUGUUGCACGAGAUCACAGAUAUGCCGAAGUGUAUAGGAAAGUUGAAAGAUUGCAGAAAGAUACUAAAUAUAUACUUCUGUGGACGUCGUACGAAUUUUCCCCAUUCUAUUAUUUUGGUAACGGUCAGAGAGCGUUUAUUGAUAAAAACUGUGAAAAUAUAAAUUGUUAUGUUACGACGGACAGAAACUUUUUUGAUGGAGACACGACAAAAUUUGAUGCCAUAGCCCUCAAUGGACGGAAUAUUGAUACACUGACAAAAUCGCAACUGCCUGCAUAUCGGUCUCCACAUCAAAAAUUUAUAUACGUUAAUUCAGAAUCCGCCGACAACUAUCCAGUGUGUGCAGAUAUUUUUGAUAACUUCUUUAAUUGGUCUUCUACAUACCGUUUAGAUUCUGAUGUACCAUUUCCUUACAUCCAAAUAAGGAACUCCAAAGGAGAUAUUGUAGGCCCGAAAAAAGAUAUGAAGUGGAUUGAAAAUGGCUUUGUAUUAGAUGAAGAUUUGGAAGCAACCAUCCAGAAUAAAAGUAAAGCUGUAGCUUGGUUUGUUUCCCAUUGUACUAGUAGGAGUGGUCGAGAAGUUUAUGUGAAACAAUUACAAAAAGAAUUACAGAAAUAUGGUUUCACAGUGGAUAUUUAUGGUUCAUGUGGAUCGUUAAAAUGUCCAAAAUCUAGGAAACACAGUUGUAAUUCGAUUUUGGAAAGGGAUUAUUAUUUUUAUUUGGCGUUCGAAAAUUCAUUUGCAGAAGACUAUGUGACUGAAAAGCUGCUCACUGCAUUACAACAUGAUGCUGUCCCUAUUGUUUAUGGGGGUGCAAAUUAUUCCAGGUUUCUUCCACCAGGGUCUUAUUUGAACGCUCAAAAUACCAAUCCGAACGAACUUGCGAAAACUAUAGUCGAAGUAAUGUCAUCAAAGGAAAAGUAUAAGAAGUUCUUUUAUUGGAAGUUAUCAUACACUUACCACGAUCCGAGCACUAAAGAUAACGUGUGUUCUCUUUGCAAAGCACUUAAUGAUAGGGAUUUUGUUAAAAAACAAGGUAUUUAUAGAAAUUUUAGAAAGUGGUGGAAUCCAAAAUACGGGGACUUAUGCAGGGUA